AUGGCUACUAAAGAGGAUCUAGAAAGCUUCAAAUCCUUUCUACUGACCGAGCUUGACGCCCAUAAAUCAAGUCUCACAAGUUUAUUUAAAGAGUCUUCCGACUCGGCUGAACAAGCGCUAACUUUGUCGAAGCAGUUAAAAACCGAAUCCGAAGUCAAGCUCAUUCACCCUGACAGAAAUCGUAAGAUCAGAAUUGCGGAUUCCUCUGAGGGUGGCUGGGCCACUGUUAAACAUUACGAGGGCUCGCCGGUAGCUAUCGAUCAGGAGGACGACAAGAAGAUUAGGGCCGCCGAGCGGGAAGCUUUGCGAGAAAAAACCAGAGCCAACAAGCACAAGUAUGCUGAGAAACCUUCAGGAAGAGGUCGCGGCGCUUUUGCGCCCUACAACAGGCCUUCGUUCGACCAGAGAGCCGGUUGGUCCGGUCGACAGCCAAGCUACCAGCAGUAUGGCUCCAGUUUUGGCCAACAGCGUCCCAACGAACAGCAACGAGGAUCCUGUCGUUACUGUGGAGCCCCUGGGCAUUGGUGGAGGGAUUGCCCUGUGCGCAUCGCCAAAUCCUUCCCCCAGUUUGGUACUCCCGGCACAACAACAAGCUCCACGUCAGCCAGCCGCCAGUAGCCCUUCCUUUUUUUAAGAACUUGGCUAGUGAAGUCAGUGAGGCGUUUUCUGGUUCUCUUACUACUUCAUGUGAUAAUUGCAUUGAUUGUGCUACACCCGACCAAGAGAUGCAAGCUUUGAUUGAAGAUAAGUCUGUUAUCAAUUAUGACAAUGAUACUGUCUUAGACUUUUAUAAGCGUAACUUGUAUGAAUACGAAAGUGGUGUUACCCCACCUGUAGUAAAGGGUCGUCUUAAAGCUCAUGUUUCGUUUUGGAAGGAUAUUAACGCUCCUAGUUGGAUUCUGGAUGUUAGUAAUAUAGGUUACUCUAUCCCGCUCUCCAGUUUGCCAACUAGGGUUCAUUUGCCUAAUAAUAAGUCCGCCCUUAGUGAUCCCACUUUCGUAUUUGAUGCUAUUGCAGAAUUGCUUAACUUAGGCUUAGUUGUUGAAGUUUUUGCUCCGCCGACUGUCAUAAAUCCUUUGUCUGUUUCGUAUAAUUCCGCUGGGAAACCUAGACUCAUACUGGAUCUUCGGCAUGUUAACAAGUGCAUUCCUAAGCAGAAGUUUCGCAUGGAAGAUUGGAAGUCAUUUAUUCAAAUUAUCGUUCAGAAUGGUUUUUUGUUUAAGUUCGAUAUGAAGUCCGGAUA